CGCGUUUACCUGGAAUGAGGCUGCUGCACAUCCUGUUGUCCGAGCCGAGCCGAGCCAUUUCCUGAACCACGGACUUUCCCACAGUGCGAGCGACGCACAGACAGUGCCUGCGUGAUAAAAGGGCGUGCUGGCCCGCUCGUGCUUUUCUGACCAAGCACAUUUUCCGCACCUAUUUAGAAUCUAGAACCCAAGCAUGGAUACUGCUGUCGCCACAAAGGCCCUCGUUUUCGGAGGCGGCCACGCUCCCGGAGCUGACUCCCGAGUACAUGGGCAGGCACUACCCCUCUUACCUGGAGCUGAUCCAGGCGCAGGUGUUCUUCCGCCACGGCGAGCGCAGCCCCAUUGUCACCCGGUUCUCGUCGCAGUCGCAGUGGGCAUUUUGCGAGCGUGCAAACUAUCUGUAUUCCGAGUUUAUGACCGCCAUUGGCAAGUUUGUGCCGCGCCAGGAGGCAAUGCCGUCGCCAAACCCGGAUCUCAUUGCCAGCGGCCACAGCGACCCGCGCUACACGAAGCGCACCGCGACACUCAAGUCUGGCAUCGAGUAUGAGCCGGCUGCCUGGUCACUGAGACUCACACAGGAUUCAGAGAAGGCACUUGAUGGUAACACGUCGGGCAGUGGCCCUGUGGCCGCAGCUGAGGAUUCGUGGGAGCCUACGAUGUGUGACAUGGGCCAGUUGACUGACGUCGGCCUCGACUCGCUCUUCCGCACUGGCUCGUUCCUGAGGUCGCUGUAUGUCGAUAAGCUGAACUUUUUGCCGCCUACGCCAGAGGGCAAGGUCAGCGAUUACAUUUACGUCAGGACAACUGACUAUUCGCGUGUGAUUCAGUCGACCCAUGCGCUCCUGGUCGGCCUAUAUCCGGGGCAUCCGCAGUCGGCAUGGACCGGAAGGUGGACAACCUUCAACAAAGGAGUUCUUGGCACUGUUCCCCAUGUUUACGCGUCGCCACAACCAUGAGACUAUGCACGGCAACUUUGGCUGCUACGAGUUUAUGCGCAACUUUGCCAAUACCAUGGUUGAGCCGGCGCGCAAGAUUAAGUGGAUUGAUGACCUCUACAAG